AAAAACACAUUGAUAAUGGAAAUUCCAAUAAUUCCAAAGAUUCGUUUGGGGGUGGUUUCGACGAUUUGAUGGAGGACUUGCUAAGAGAAAUGGACAAUAUGCAAGCACCUUCCGCACAGAAUAAAGGAAAUUCCGAACAGAAAUCAAACCAUUCGAAAAACUCAAGCUCGUCUGAGAAAAAAGGUGUUCCAAGUGAUAUUUGCGCUUAUUGUAAUUUGCAGGUUAAUUCUUCCCCUAUGCGGGCUCUUGGUAGAUCAUGGCAUCCUCAUCACCUUCUCUGUGCGAAAUGCAAAAAACCCAUCGAUCCAAAUGUGGGUCACGUUGAACGGGAAGGCAAAGUAUAUUGCCCAAAUGAUUUUACCGAUUUGUUUUUCCCAAAAUGUCGUAGAUGUAAUUUACCCGUAGAAAGGGAGGCCAUUAGCGCAAGUGAUGGAAAACUGGAAGGGAAAUGGCAUGUAAAAUGUUUUAGCUGCCAUACUUGUAGCAAAGAAUUUCCAGAUGGAUCAUUCUAUGUCUUUGAUAAUGCGCCGUAUUGUAAGCGACAUUAUCAUAAGCUUAAUAAUUCACUUUGUGGUGAUUGUGAUGAACCAAUAGAAGGACCAUGUGCAGAAACGGAUGAAGGGUGGAGAUAUCAUCCUAACUGUUUUGUUUGCACGGAAUGUCGUGAUCCUCUCACUGAUGCUUACUAUAGUUUCGAGGAGAAACAUUAUUGCGAAACGCAUAUAAUGGAAAUUCAACGAAGGCGAAAAAUUCGGGCGGAAAAAAGACAAACUUUAUAUCGAAACAUUUAG